UGUUACCUUCACAUGGCAGCAACGAGAAUUACCAAACAAUGGCGAGUCUCGUCAUCUGCAGUAACUCAGCCUCUCCCACUCUCCAUCUCACCGCCAAUUCGCCGCCACGCCGCCUCCUCGCCUCUGCCUCCAUACCCAAUUCAGCUUCGCUUCACUUCUUUUGCCGCCGGAAAACCAAAGGCUUGUCAGUUGUGACCCGAGCAGCUCCCGGCGCAAGCACCUACGUCUUUGCGCUCGUGUUGCCCCUGUCUCUCCUCGCCAUCACUGUCUUCACCUCCAUCAGAAUAGCUGAUAAGCUCGACAAGGCCUUUAUCGAGGAGAUUGCAAUGAAUCAAGCAAUAAUGGGAGCAGAUGAAGAGGAGGGGGGUGAUGCCGCCAUGCCUUUGGAGGAAAAACCACUGGUCUCUCGCACCCGUAAUCGCCCAAAAAGGGAGGCAGAGUCUUCAUCCACUUAGCUUGGCUUCAACUUUUGAGUUCAAACAAUUGUAGAUUUUAGGCAUUAUAUUGUAUGAUUAUGUAGUGUGUGGAUCACUCUCUUAGAAAAUGAGCUAUAAUUGUUUACUUUAUCCCAGUUGUGAAGUACAAAUAAACAAAUGAAUUGAGGAUGCUUGAUAGAACCGAUUCAUUGAAAA